AUGUCGUCUCCUGGGCUUCAGUGGAGUUCGCUAGGCCUGCUGACUUUUUGUUUAUUGCUAUGUGUAGGCUCUCCAGAAAGCUGCGAUGAGGGAGAGGAGUUCCAGUGCCAGGAAGAUGGAAGUUGCAUACCCUUCGAGAAUUGGUGCAACACCAAGCCGGAUUGCCCGCUGGCCAGCGAUGAAUCCUUUAUCAGCUGCAAAACCCAUCCCUCCGACAUGAUGGCCGAUAAGUUUCAAUGCGCAAAUGGGGCUCCGAUUCCGGAAAGAUUGGUCUGCAACGACAUAGUCGAUUGUUCCGACGGAUCCGAUGAACUGCCUCAAGUUUGCAACGACAACCCAGACGAAAUGAGACAACGAUUUCGGGGGAACUGCACGGGGGAUUCAGAUCUCGAGUGCCUUCCCGGGGAAUGCGUGGCCGAUUCGGCCAAGUGCAAUGGCGUAAUCGACUGCUCCAACGGUCGUGAUGAAUCUCUGGAGAUCUGCAUGCAAUCCUGUGACAAAAACAAGUGCUUUCAGUGUUCCAACGGAGUUUUGGUCGACAGCAAGCACCUGUGCGACAACGAAAUGCAUUGUUUAGAUGGAUCCGAUGAACUACUAACGGUUUGCGGAAAUGCGAAAAACUGGACCGAGGUUCCGCCAGCAGAGUGCUAUGAGACUUCGGAGCUCCUGUUCACCAACAGGACUGUUUUCCAGAUGAAGGACUCACGACGCUUCGUUUAUGCCAACCAACCGGCUGAAGUUCAGUGCUGGAACUCUGAUCGGAGGUCCUGGAAUGUGUGCAUGAACAACGGGUCCUGGCACCACGAGUUUCCACCAUGCCACGAAAAGCUGAUCAACAGAAAUCCCGACACGAAUGGCACGAACGGUUGUCCUAUAAAUUGGUACAACAAUGAGACGAUGAUUAUUUGGGACGAAAAUGAUAACUCCGUUAUGCCGCCUAUUCAAGAUUCAAGAGUGACGUUCAAAUGCGAGGACGGUUUAACUUUUUUGCCAUACGAGUUUAAGGACGAUCCCAUAACAUGCCUACCUAACAAUACGUGGAUCGAAAAGGACUUCCAUCCUCGCUGUACUAAACUCUGCAGUCCCGAUGCGAUAACCGAGAUGUAUAGCCUGACACCAAGGUGCUACAAUGGUGAGAAUGGGACACCAUUUAACUGCAAGGACAAAUACUCCUUGAUACCGGAAACGAGGGUUAAGUUCGAGUGUGCCAGUGGGUUCACGCAUAGAACAUCCGAACCGAUGAUGGUGAAGUGCACCGAGGAAGGGAGGUGGGAGGGUCUGAGGGACUUGUGCGAGAGGGAGGAGAAACUCUGCAACUACGAGUGUAACCACCGGCUAAACUACUCCGAGAUCACAUUUAGCAAAGGCGGGGAUCCCACGGAUUCCUUGAGAGCCUCUUGGCUGGUACCCAUCUACAGGUGGAACUCAACGACAGCGAAACAUGAAUUUGCGUGUACCGGAAAUCUGAUCCGACUGGAUAUUGUACUAACUGCAGCCCACUGCAUUAAGGCCAACGGAUCUCAGAAGGAGGAUUUUCUAGUUGGACCCACUGGCAACCGAUCUGAUUUAACCAUUGACCGCGAGCACUUGCACAAGGUUCGACAUCUAGAUGUUUACGGAGCCUACAGCGAGGUCACUCACACAUAUGAUGUUGGGAUUAUUUUCCUGGAAAAGCGAAUGGAUUUCAGGCAGGAUCAAAGGAUCGUCUGCCUGCCCUAUAGUGAUGGUUCGCAGUUGAGCUCUAGCGGCGAUGCCAUGGUUACCUCCUGGAACUCCGACGGCUACCUGACGACUGUCUACGGACGAUUAAGUGAGCUCAGGAAUGGUGACCUCAACGUCGAGCUCAACGACGAUUACAGGCUCUGCAAGGGAGACAGUGGCAGCGGAGUGAUCACCACCUGCGGCUUGGACAAUCACAAGUGCCUGGUGGCGGUGAUCAGUCGAAAUGUGGGCUCCGGCGACCACGGAACAUUUUGCAGCAACAAUGUAACUGCAGCUUCUCUUAAACCACUCCCACUACAGGAUCAUAUUCAGCAAAUUAUCCGGAAUAAUGUAAACUGCCCCGAGGUGGAGUAA